CGUCGAGGUGGUGUACACACCGUAGCGUCAAGAAGGUUUCUGACUUACAAACAAGAGGAAGAACGGAAAAUGCUCAAGAAGCUACAGUUGCUGUCCUCAGACUACAAACAGGCACUGGAAUAUAAAAAACAACAUUCCCCUCCAUGUGCCACCUGUGGGCCCCUAGAAAAAAUAUGGACGGCACAGGUGAUCGUGUGCCCGGAGGAGUUCAGAAUGCCCCGGCGAGAGAGGCUCAGCGUCAACAGACACGUAGCACGGAUGCAGCUUGCUCAAGCCCUGAGAAAUAAGCAGCUUCUACCCUACACCGAAAGAUUUAGGAGCUCUUCUGCUCUGUCUGGAGCGAGGCUGAGCCCAACGGCAAAGGACAAGGCCCGGGAAGACAAGGAGCGGCGGGGGCAGGACGCGGAGGAGGAGGGUGCCACUCAAGACCACAGUGAUGCCAAGCAGGAGGAGAGAGACGAGACGGAGAGCAAAAACACGAAAAAACAAGAAAUAAAAAUGAAUGUCAUUUUUAGGUCCAAAAAACCAAAAAGAUGCUCAGCAUACCAACCAAAUGAUAGGAAGCCAUUCCUCCCCACCAAGAAAAUGGAACGGUCCAUCACUGGCUUCACAAACCGAAAUCUUCUACACUUGGCGGAAUUCCCUGGAGACCUAAUGCUAAUGAAUCAGGAUUUUAUCUCACGGGGAGUUCACCCCAGCGAUGCAGCAAAGGCCAAGCAUCUGGAAGAAGACAGUCUCUGGAGAGAUUACAUGCACAAACCUGCUCCUUACCAUUAUUAAACUUUU